AUUGGCAUUUUUUUAGAAAGAAAAAGAAAAGAAGAAAAACCAUUGGGCUUCCUCAUCCGUCCCAUCCAACCGCAAACCCUAACCUCUCAAUCGCCGCCGCGCGCCGGCGCCGUCGCCAAUGAUGGCGAGGGACCGCCGCGGCCCGGGUGGACGGGGGAGGUUCGGCGGCGGGCCGCCGGGCGACGAGCGGCCUGUCCGUCACGGCAUCCGCAUCGAGGAGGAUCCGUACUUCCCACUCCCGCGUCGGGGGUCGGGCUGGGGAGUGGCGCCGCCGUCGCGGCACCUGUGGGUGGGCGGCCUGGCGCCCAGCGUCACGGCGUCCGACCUGUCGGAGCUGUUCCUCCGGUGCGGCGACAUCGAGGAUGUCGCCCGCCAGCCCGGCCGGAACUUCGCGUUCGUGAGCUUCCUGCGGGAGGGGGACGCCGUGGCCGCGGUGCGGGAGCUCCAGGGGGCUCGCCUGGCUGGGGCGCCUGUUAGGAUCGAGUUUUCCAAGGGGGAUAAGGCUUCAGGUAGCUCAAUGGAUGACAGAUAUACACAACAUGCUGAUGAGCGGCAUUCUAUUGAACAUGGGAGAAAACGGCAUCUGAGUCCUGAAAACACAAUAGAUAAAUAUAAAAGAAAUAGGCCAAUGGAACCUAGUGAGGUGUUAUGGAUAGGCUUCCCUCCUGGUUUAAAGGUAGAUGAGGCUCUUCUGUGGGAAGCCUUUUCUCCUUUUGGGAAGGUUCUCAGGGUAACAACAUUCCCAGGCCGAACAUAUGCAUUUGUCCAGUACACUAGUAUUGCAGCAGCCUGCAGAGCAAAAGAAGCACUUCAGGGAAAGCUUUUCAAUAAUUCACGAGUAAGCAUAUGCUUUUCUCGAAAUGAAGGUGCUGCGCCAGAAGUUGGGAAACGAUCAUUUGUUGCCCCAUAUUCCCCCCAACCUAGUGCUCGGCCUGUCAUGAGAGACCAUGAUUUUGAAGACUUUCCUAGGGCUAGGCCUGUUGAUAGCCCUCCAAGAGAUUUUCGCAUGUCAACACCACAUUUUGGCCCUAAUAGGUUGUCAAGAGAUGCUGAUGAUGUUGGCUUCAGCAAGGGUAAUUAUUUUGAACAGGACGCUGGAAUAGAGCUUGGCCAUGCGUCUAAUAUUGAGUCUUUUAGAACACGGAAGCUGGGUCAAGAAAGAAGGCUGCCUGAGAAAUUGUAUGAGCCCCAUAGACAAAGCCCUACUGCUAGGAAUGAUGCGCCAUGGAAGCCAUGGAACAACAUUCCUUUUGACAGACCUCAGAGACCCUUACCAUUGGAAGAUUCUUGGGACGUUGAAGACAAUUCAUAUCUUAUUUCAAAGAAGCUGAAGGGUGUUCAAGUGCAUGAUACUGAACUUCCUGAAUAUCCUUUCUCAGAAUUUGAUCGAGGAAAAGUUUACCCUGAGUACCAAAGGAGGCCCCAUCAUGAUCUUUCAGAAGAUGGUUUACACUCGAGAACCUCUUCGUUUACUGAUAUGCAUGAUAGACAUCAUGUUCAUCCUUUAAAGAAUAUAACUCCACUUACAAAUAAACAUGAACCAUGGCGUGCUCAAGAGAGUUUCGAUAGGCGUUUAGGGAAAAUGGAUAGAUCUACUCCUGACCAUCAUGAACCUGCUCUUAAGGAUGAAUGGAAAUGGAAUGGUACAAUAGCAAAGGGAGGCACACCGAUCUGCCGAGCUCGAUGCUUCCCUGUUGGGAAGGUCCUUAACUUCAUGCUGCCUGAGUUUCUGGAUUGCACUGCUAGGACAAGUCUAGAUAUGCUUUCUAAGCACUACUAUCAAGCUGCUGGCAGCUGGGUUGUAUUUUUUGUCCCAGAAAAUGAUGCGGACAUGACAGCUUAUAAUGAUUUCAUGAGUUACCUAGGUGAUAAGCAGCGUGCAGCAGUCUGUAAGCUUGGAGAGAGGAGCACCUUGUUUCUUGUUCCACCUUCAGAUUUCUCAGAGCAGGUACUGAGAGUGCCUGGAAAUGUCAGCAUAUCUGGAGUCAUUCUUAAGUUUCAGCAGUCAAAUCCAGAUUACAGCUCGCCGAAUCGCAAAUCAUUGGAGAGAGCUCACCCAUCUUCUGCAAGUAAUUUCAACACUGAUGUAAGCAAUUGUGAAGAUCUGCAUGCACUGAGAAGGCUCAAUCCUCCAGAUAUCAGCACAUUCCCACAGGGUCCAGAUUAUGUCCGCUCAUCAGGUGUAAGCUAUACCCCAGCAAGUGCAGAUUUUAUUCCACCCUAUAAGCCAGAGAGUGCUCCUCCAUAUGUUGUUUCUCAAUUACCGCAAGAAAGGCCACCAGCGGACCUCCCUAUGGGUAUUGCACAAGGUGAACACCAGCAACUCCCAAACAGGUUGCCCUCAGGAUGGUCCAAUAACCUGGAUGAUCCAAAUCCAGGUUCUGGUAACUCCAGUUUGGAGCAGGGUGCAAUCUCUCGUGCGCUAAAUAACAGGACACAUGAUCCGUACACAUUUGCUUCUGGAGUAGUACCAACUGGGACAGCUUCAGGGUAUGCACCAGGUGAAGCAUCCAACAGCAUGUCCUGGCCUUCCAUGCAACCCAACUCACAGCAGGUAGCUAGAUCUGAUCAACCUACUAUUCCAGUAUCACUGCCACCUGAUCAACUUGCACAGCUGGCUGCCCUUCUUGCACAACAAAACCAACCUAGAAAAGUUGGUUUGCCUGUGGACAGCUCAAACAAUCAAUCUGGAUUCAUACAGAAUUCCAAUCCUCAUGGACAUGCUACAAUGAUGCCAGGCAACUCUGGCUCCAUCCCUGUCCAGAACUCACUGCCACCUGUUCCACCAUCUAUGCAACAAUUACAUGCCCAUGUGCCAGUGCCACCAAUAGGCUCACUACCUGCAAAUCCACUUAAUGCGCUUCCGACCAGUGCUCCUAUACUUGGUAACACCACUUUGCCUAUGCCACCCAUUCAUGCUUUGGUCAACCCAGCUCAUUCUUCCAUGCCAAUGAGACCGUUCAUUCCUCCACUUCCUGAAGGUCCUCCACCCUUUCAGCAGCAAACAUCAAGUGCUCCCACAGUGCAGCCUUUAGCUACUUCUGGCCAGCAAUCUAGCCAACAACUACCUGCUCAGGACCUUGAUGGAGAUCCUCAAAAGCGCCUUCAAGCAACACUGCAAUUGGCGGCAACCCUGCUUAAGCAGAUACAAAAUCAAUCAAAUCCUGGUGGCCAGAAAUAGAUGUAAGGUAUUGGUAAUGUCUAGCUGCAAGGAUCAUCAUUGGCGCCAUCCUUCUUUGUUCUGAUCUGAGGAGCUUGAAACUGAUGACUACAUACUUCUGUGGUUUUAUACCAUCACCUCCUGUGAUGUGAAUGUUUAGGACGAGUGGUUUCCUUUUAAACUACUCUCUCCAUUCCAAACUAUAAGGAGUUUUGGCUAUAUUUAUAUACAUACUUUUUUGCUAUACAUUUAGAUAUAUAUACACACCAUAUGUCUAGAUAUAUAGUAAAAUGAAUGCAUAUAGAGAAAGGCAAAAUGCCUUUUAAUUUGGAAAUGGAGGGUGUAUAGAUUAGCUGUUGUCUGCAUUGUUGUUGGCCUGGUACAGAUGGUGGAGCGUAACUGAGUAACUGACUGUCUCCUUUCCAGAGGGUAUGAUGGUAUGGCUAGCAUUAGUAACAAUAGCAAUGCAGUUAUUACUAUGGAUGUUCACCCCAAGUUUGCGAUUUUUGCCACCUUAUAUCAUCAGGCGUUGCGUAAUUCGUUUCCUUGUGCCUCUUUAUUCCUAGCGAUCCUCAUGAUGGUGUUCAUGGCUACAUGGAACCUAGAGAGCCUUAUGACCCCCUGACGUGCCAUAUGAGGCAUGUUUGUUUGGAAUUGUUCGACAGUUGUACAUUUUGCUACAUGCACUGGGGAAGCUGUUAUGUGGUCUAAAGGUGGUGAACCAACGGGUCUUACUCCCCAGUCACUACUGCUUGCUAAAUGCUACUGCUACUCCUACAAAGGUGUCACGGCAUGGAGAUCAAGGUAGAGUAUGUGUGAUGAUGGCACUGCACUGCAUUCCUCUGGUCUCCCUCGUAGUCGCAUGACACGAAUGAAGAAUGAUGAUGGCCUUUUUUCUGUGCUACGUAUUACCUGGUGCUUAGUUCCUUGUUUAUUCCAGACCUAGAUUUGCAUCUCUCUCUCUUUUUCUUUUUUAUUUUAUUUUAUUUUACAAAGGGAGCCGUCCGUGGUGACGUCCUGGCUUUGUUGGGUGAAGGCGAGGCAGUGGUGUACGGAUGAUUCAGGUGGUGUGCCCUGUGAUGGCUGCCUGCUCUAUUCUUUGUGUUC